AUGAAGUGUUAAAUGGUAGAAACAGAGAGAGCGGCGCUCAGACACCCGCACGCUGGGAGAGAGGGAGGAAACAGCGCUGCUCCAAUGCGUCUGUGCAACACAGACUGAAGAAAAAAAAAAACUUAUCGACUCACAAAACCAAAACCUGCGCCGCGCAAUUAGUGCGAGAAAAUCCACCUUUUCCUCCGGUUUUGAAGAAAAUAAAUAAAGAAAUCAAGCUGGCUCAGUGCGUGUCUCAGCAGCCCACUUUGACAGGUGCUCCUCACCCCCUUUGGAGGACUGUCAACAGCAAGAGGAUGGCAUCAGAGCUGGCAAUGAGCAACUCCGACCUGCCCACCAGUCCCCUGGCCAUGGAAUAUGUUAAUGACUUCGAUCUGAUGAAGUUUGAAGUGAAAAAGGAGCCGGUGGAGCCCGAUCGCAGCAUCAGCCAGUGCAGCCGCCUGGUCGCCGGGGGAUCCCUAUCUUCCACCCCGAUGAGCACGCCUUGCAGCUCGGUUCCCCCCUCUCCAAGCUUCUCGGCGCCCAGUCCGGGAUCAGGGAGCGAACAGAAGGCGCACUUGGAGGAUUUCUACUGGAUGACCGGGUACCAACAGCAGUUGAACCCCGAGGCUCUGGGCUUUAGCCCGGAGGACGCCGUAGAGGCGCUGAUCAGCAGCAGUCACCAGCUCCAGACCUUCGAUGGCUAUGCCAGGGGGCAGCAGUUCGGCGGCGCAGCCGGGGCAGGAGGCGCCAUGGCCGGGGAGGAGAUGGGAUCAGCGGCCGCCGUGGUGUCCGCUGUUAUCGCUGCAGCCGCAGCUCAGAACGGGGCUCCCCACCACCACCACCACCAUCACCACCACCACCACACAGGGGCACACCACCCAUCCUCCGGGUCCCAGUCCGGCGGCGGCGCGGGGGGAAACCACCAGCACAUGCGCCUGGAAGAGCGGUUCUCGGACGAGCAGCUGGUGACCAUGUCGGUGCGGGAAUUGAACCGGCAGCUCCGGGGGGUCAGCAAGGAAGAGGUGAUCCGUCUGAAACAGAAGAGGAGGACGCUAAAGAACAGGGGCUAUGCCCAGUCCUGCCGGUACAAGCGGGUCCAGCAGCGGCACGUCUUGGAGGGAGAGAAGACGCAACUCAUGCAGCAGGUGGACCACCUCAAGCAGGAGAUCUCCCGGCUGGCCAGGGAGAGGGACGCCUACAAGGAGAAAUACGAGAAGCUGAUCAGCACCGGCUUCAGAGAAAACGGAGGAUCCAGCAGCGACAACAACCCUUCAUCUCCGGAGUUUUUCAUGACGUCAAGAAAAUUCCUCCAUCUGUGAUAGAGAGCGGUGACCUCUCCGUCCCACCACCCUGGAGUCUGAGAUAUCAUGACACUGGAAUGCUGAUGUUUCAAGAGCAACCUACGGCACCCAGACUGCCAUAAAGCACAAUGUCUCAAAAGCGUCCCAACAGCGGCUUCAGGGCAACCAAUCCACAGCAAAC